AUGCGGACAUGUGCAGUGCGCGGCAGACUUGGUUUCUAUAGUUUGUGUGCUUCUUGUCAAAAUACAUGUAAGUCACAAGUCGGCAUUGCAGAAGUCACUAACGACUGGCUGGCAGGUGGCAACAUAGUUAGACGAUGGAGGAUAAACCAGUGCUUGACUGGAAUGACUUCUGUGGUGGCUCACUGUUUUGGGAUCCGACUCUAUUGAAUUCCAGCAGUCCCGACCUGACCCCCUGCUUCCAGGAAACGGUGCUGUCAUGGCUUCCACUACUCUACCUCUGGCUGGCUCUGCCUUUCUAUCUCUACUACAUGAGAGCGCACGACAAAGGAUGCAUUCAGGUGUCCCUGCUCCACAGAGUCAAAAUGCUACUCGGUGCGCUAUUGAUUAUUGUCCCCCUGGUUGAUGUUAGCUUCACUGUAGCCCAGGUUUUCAUACAGAAACAGCAGAGUGCUCCAGUAUACUUAGUAACACCGGCUCUUAUUUCAUUAACCAUGAUCUUAGUGUUCUUUCUGAUCCACACUGAGCGGAUUAAAGGGAUCCACUCAUCGGGCGUUCUCUUUGUCUUCUGGUUCUUGUUUGUGAUUUGUGGCAUCGUAGAAUUCCGCUCUAAAAUCAUCUUUGCUGUUGAAGAGGCAGAUUUGGACAUGUUCCGCUUUGUGACAUUUUACGUCUUCUAUGCGCUGUUGUUAGCGCAGCUUGUGUGUUCAGCGAUUGCAGAAAAAAUGCCACUCUACUCGCCGGUAAAAGCAGAAACGAAUCCAUGCCCGGAAGCUUCAGCAUCAUUCUUGUCUAGAUUAACUUUCUGGUGGUUUACAAGUAUGGUUAUUCUUGGUUACAAGAAAUCCCUGACAACCAAAGACCUGUGGGCUCUGAGAGAUCGAGACAAAGCUUCAACAGUCAUGCCUAAAUUCAUGAAGCACUGGGACAAAGAAAGGGACUCCAAGAGCAAAGCAAAACCACGCAAGACGAAACAGAAGACCCUACGUGUUCCAGCCGAGUCAAUCAAGUUCACUCAGGGCAACUUGCAGGAUGAAGACUCAAUGGAGGUCCAGCCGGAACCUUCACUUAUGAAAGCUCUCAUUAAGACCUUCGGUGGCAUCUUCUUAAUAGGAUCAUUCAUAAAGCUUGUGACGGACAUCUUGGUGUUUGCUAGUCCAGAACUACUCAAGCAGCUGAUUGCAUACACUGAAGACAAGAGAAUCUUCCUCUGGAGAGGCUACUUCUACGCUAUACUCAUCUUCCUCGCUGCUGUACUGCAGUCUGUACUUCAGCAUCAGACGUUUCAUAUCACAACCACUGUGGGUAUGCAAAUACGCACCGCUGUCAUUGGAGCAGUGUAUCGCAAGUCUCUCUUGCUGUCCAGCUCCGCCCGCCACAACACCACGGUCGGUGAAAUCGUCAACCUGAUGUCCGUCGAUGCCCAACGGUGCAUGGAUUUCUGCAUGUACAUCAACACCCUCUGGUCCUCACCGCUGCAGAUCUGUGUUGCUCUGUAUCUACUCUGGCAGAUACUUGGUCCAUCCGUCAUGGCUGGCUUUGCAGUUACAAUCCUCCUCAUACCAAUCAAUGCGGUCAUUGCGAUUAACAUUCGGAAAUUGCAGGCAUCACAGAUGGCAGCCAAAGAUUCCCGCAUCAAGCUGAUGAAUGAGAUACUGAAUGGCAUCAAGGUACUGAAGCUGUACGCCUGGGAGACGUCCUUCCAGCAGACAGUCAUGGAAAUCCGGAAGAAGGAGCUGAAGAUUGCACUCAAGGCGUCCUAUCUUGCAGCCUUCAUGACGUUCAUCUGGACUAGUGCACCAUUCUUUGUUCUACUAACAACGUUUACAGUGUACGUGUUGUCGGAUGAGAAGAACGUCUUAGAUGCAAAAAAAGCCUUCGUCUCGCUCUCUCUCUUCAAUGUGUUGAGAAUGCCGCUGGCCAUGUUGCCUGGUUCUAUAUCACAAGUAAUUCAGGCUAGUGUCUCGAUAAAGAGAAUUCAAAAGUUCCUCAAAAACGAAGAACUGGAUAUGUCCAACGUCUUGCCUCACACCAGAGAUUUAGAUCUAGUGAUUACGAUGGAGAAUGGGGACUUCUCAUGGUCAAAGGGCGAGAGUCCAAUUCUAAGAAACAUUAAUCUUGAGGUGAAAGACGGCUUACUAGUGGCCAUAGUGGGUCAAGUAGGAGCUGGCAAGUCAUCUCUACUGUCUGCUAUGCUGGGUGAAAUGGAGAAGCUGAAAGGCUCUGUAGCUGUCCAGGGAACCGUUGCCUACAUCCCCCAACAAGCUUGGAUCCAGAAUGCCACUCUCAGGGAUAACAUCACCUUUGGGCAACCACUUGACGAUGCCAAGUACCAUCGAGUGAUCGAGGCCUGCGCGCUGGCCCCUGAUCUGGACAUGUUGCCGGGUGGAGAUCUGACAGAGAUUGGAGAAAAGGGAAUUAAUCUGAGUGGUGGUCAGAAGCAGCGGGUGAGUUUGGCUCGAGCCGUUUACAACAAUGCCGACAUCUACCUCCUAGAUGACCCUCUCAGCGCAGUGGACUCCCAUGUUGGUAAACACAUCUUUGAUCAUGUGAUUGGACCACAAGGACUUCUCAAGAAUAAGACCCGUAUCCUUGUGACGCAUGGGAUAAGCUACCUGCCACAAGUGGAUCACAUCGUCGUCAUCGUCAAUGGAGAAAUCACUGAGGCUGGCUCCUACACGGAACUUCUCUCAUAUGAACAAGCCUUCGCUGAUUUUCUACGUUACUAUAGCAAUGAUGCAAACAUUGACACAGACAGUGAUAAGGAGCAAUCAAGAGGUCCUUCCUUGGCAGAGCAGAUGACAGUAUUAGGUGAGGAGUCUACUGGCUCCAUUGCAAUGCUUUCUAGGGAAGACCAAACAGAAAAGUGUGUAGAGUCAUUCAGGAUGGGCUCAAUGUCCGGUGAAUCCUCCAGUUUGGAACGGCUUUCCUUCCCAGAGUAUAAGAGGAAGAAGGAGAAGGAUCAGAAGAGCACGAUGGCUGCAGAUGGUGACACUCUGAUUGAAGAAGAGACUUCUAAAACAGGCUCGGUGAACUUCUCUGUCUUUACUACAUACAUCCGAGCUGUCAACACCUUCCUUUUCCUGCUAGUUAUACUCUUCUAUUCUUUGUACAACGCGGCCUCCGUCCUUUCCAAUGUUUGGCUAAACAAAUGGAGCAGUGAAGUACCCAUUAAUGGCACGUUGCCGACAAGCGUACGAGACAAGUACCUUCUGGUUUAUGGUGGCAUUGGACUAACUCAGGGUGCAAUGCUGCUCAUAGCUGCCCUCCUUCUGACUUUCGGAGCCCUCCAUGCAGCCCAGAGGCUCUACUGUCAACUACUCACUACUGUACUCCAUGCCCCAAUGUCCUUCUUCGACACCACUCCGAUGGGACGUAUCCUUAACCGUUUCAGCAAAGACACCUACAUGAUCGAUGACGUCAUCCCCACCAGCCUGUCAACGUUUAUCGCGGCCGUGAUCCGUAUCCUCGCAACACUAAUAAUCAUCACGCUCAGUACGCCUGCUUUUGCUGCCGUCAUACUGCCAGUGGCUGUGGUGUAUUACUUGGUACAGAGAUUCUACAUUGCCACGUCACGCCAACUGAAGAGGUUAGAGUCCGUGACCAGAUCACCAAUCUAUUCACACUUCUCUGAGACUGUGGCCGGAACCAGCUCCAUUCGAGCGUACCGCCGCUCCGAGUUCUUCAUACAUCAAAAUGAAACGCUUAUAGAUAACAACCAGUUAACUUACUAUCCAAACCUCGUUUCAAACAGAUGGAUGGCGCUACGUCUUGAGUUCCUAGGCAACUCUCUGAUCCUGUCUGCUGCCCUCUUUGCUGUGAUUGGUCGUAAUUACCUCAGCCCUGGCGUUGUGGGUCUUUCAUUGUCGUACGCUCUGCAGAUAACUGGUGCUUUGACAUGGUUAGUCCAUGUGAUGUGUGAAUUGGAGACAAAUAUCGUUGCUGUGGAGAGAGUCAAGGAGUAUACAGAGAUCAAGACAGAGGCUGCAGAGAUUAUUCCUGAUAAUAGACCAGACAAGGAAUGGCCAACAAGAGGAGAGGUUAAGAUAAAUGAGUAUUGUGUCCGCUAUCGAGAUGGAUUGGAUCUUGUACUCAAGGGAAUCUCUUGUAACUUCAAACCAAAGGAAAAGAUCGGCAUUGUUGGUCGAACUGGUGCUGGCAAGUCUUCUCUCACCCUCUCUUUGUUCCGCAUCUUGGAGGCAGCUGGAGGCUCAAUCAAGAUUGACGAUGUAGAUAUCUCAACCAUUGGACUUCAAGAUCUUAGAUCACGCAUCACCAUCAUUCCUCAGGACCCAGUGUUGUUUGCUGGUACCUUGCGUAUGAACCUUGACCCCUUUACCCAGUAUUCCGAUGAUGCAAUAUGGGAUGCCCUGCGACACUCCCACCUUUACUCGUUCGUUGCGGCAUUGACAGAAAAACUUGAGUAUGAGUGCACUGAAGGAGGAGAAAAUCUAAGUCUUGGUCAGCGUCAGUUGAUCUGUCUUGCUCGUGCUCUGCUCCGUAAAACCAAGAUUCUAGUCCUGGAUGAAGCCACAGCUGCAGUGGAUCUAGAGACGGAUGACUUGAUCCAAGCAACGAUUCGUACUGAGUUUGAAGAUUGUACCGUCAUCACCAUUGCACAUAGACUCAACACCAUCAUGGACAGCUCAAGGAUAUUGGCUGAUGCAGGAAAGAUAGCCGAGUUUGACACACCAGCUCGCCUCCUACACCGUGAAGGUCUCUUCUACACUAUGGCUAAAGCCGCCGGCCUUACAUGAAGAGAGACAGAAACCAGGUCACUGACGAAGAUAACUGACGAAGACUGUUUGGGUCUGCCACAGA